AUGCUGAUUAGCCCUAUAGGGAAGCCGAUCUCAGUUAAAUUGAAUAAAGAAAUCAAAUGGCUUAUUAGGCUACGAGAAGAACGUAUUGACCCAGAUAAACCCUUACCGUUGGAUCAGAAACCUAGAGAUCUCAGUCCUAGACAUUUAUCACCAACAGAGCACAGUCCAGUUUUAAACCUUUCAAAGAGCGGUGGUGGUAGUGCUGGUUCGCUGGGAGACAAUGACCAUUCCGGGAGUGAAGCAGAUGGUCCUGAUGUUCCUCCUUCGCCGCGGUCUCCCAGAUCCGCUGUUGAAGAUGAAGACGAUGAAAAUAUAUCCGAGCCCGAUGACGAUGACGAUAAAGAUCAAGAUAUGGAUGAGGGUGAUCUGCCUCUUCCCGCUGCCCCAGGCAGCGACCAUCAGCAAACAGCUCUGAACUACUCAACUUUAGCCAGUGCAGUUGCUUCCGCAAAUGGUCCAACUACAGAUCCAAGCAUUUCCUCGACGGAAACGCUCUUGAGGAACAUCCAGGGUCUCCUCAAAGUCGCAGCAGACAACGCACGUCAACAGGAACGGCAAAUUCACUACGAAAAAGGUACAAAUAGUAACAUGGUGUAUCUUUUAUCUUUAGCACAAUAUUAUAUGUACUUGGCCGCUACGCAGAAGUGUUGA